AUGUGCGUAGGCCUGGCCAGCCCCUUCCCUGGCCAGCAGCCCCAUGAUUGGUUAGAGGAGGUGUCUGACGAGCAGGACGCAGCCUCUGAUUGGUUGAACACUUUCUUCACCUUCCUGUACGGAGUCAUAAGUCCCUCGGACAGCGACGAGACCGAGGAGGACGAGGAGGAGCGGAGACACGGGCGAGCGGACAGCCUGAGGGACGAAGACGAAGAGGAGGACGAGGAAGACGAGCGAGAGAGACAAACGAGGAGAGAGUCCAAGCUGGGCCAGAAGGUCGUCAUCGUCGGACUUCAGAACCAAUAA